ACCUUCCUUGCCUCAGUUUUCUCAACUAUAAAUGAAGACAAUAUAAUAAUAACAGCACCUAUCUCCCAAGGUUGUCUGAGAAUCAAAUGAGAUAUUUGUAAAGUGCUUAUUAUCAAGUAACUAGCACAUAGUAGGUACGAUAUAAAUGUAUCUCCUACUCCCCAAAUCCAACUCCCAACUAGGGUAGUGGCAGUAUCAAAGAAAAGGUUAAUUGGAGAGAUGCUGUAAAGAGGAAAUCAAGACUGGAUAUGGGAGAUGAAAGACAAUGAAGAGUUGACCACGAUGACAAGGUUGCUGCUAGCUUGGGGGACCAGGAGAAUAGUGAUGCCCUAGCCUAGGCAGCUAGGUGUUUAGUGGAUAGAGUACAGGGCCAGGAGUUAGAAAGACUAGGUGUCUCCUGGACAUCAGGCUGGAGAAGACCAAAGGGUAGAUAGGAAUUUGAGAUUGGAUGUUAGCAGAGCAACACCAAAGAAUUUGGGACAGGAUAGGUAACUCUGAGAUUCAUUAGUUCAGAGAUGAUGAUAAAAUCUAAGGAAGCUGAUGAGAUUACCAAAUAAAGUAGAAAAGAUGCCCCAAAACAGAACCCUGGGAACACCGAUAUCUGAAGGAGGAUCUGGCAAAAAGACAGAGUCCUAAAGGGCCAUUCGAAAGUCGGGAGCUUUGGACGACAGGGUCAACACCUCAGGGGUGACCUCCAAGGGCAAACUCUCCGGUCUCCCCUCUCCUCACUGCAGUGCCCCGCGUAAGGGCGGGCAGCUUAGAAGGGGAGGAACAGGCCAAGGAGCCCUUCACCUAGAUCCCAGUGACAGCCCAAGCAAAGGAUCCUAGGAGCACGAAAUUACAAUGUCUUUUAGCAGACUGGGGCUCCGUUUGGCUGUCUGUUUACUAAACAUUUCUGAAGCCAGAAGAAAAAACUUAGUUGAGAAAAUAGCAAAAGCUGCUCUUUUUGAAGAAAAUGGAAAAGAAUAUUCUGAAGUUACAGUGCUCAAUAUAUUUUCUGAUCAUGAUUACAACAGAUCAGUUAUUACAAUAGCAGCAACAAUUGAGAAGCUGGGCAGCGCUGUUCUUGCUACAUGUGUGGAAGCUUUCCAGGUGAUUGACAUGGAGGUUCAAGAAGGAAUUCACCCUUGCCUUGGAGCAGUGGACCUCAUUCCCAUUUACCCUCUUUCGGAGGUAGGAGUAGAAGAGUGUGGAAUGGUGGCCAGAAGCUUAGCUGAAAAGCUGACAAUUCAAGUGCCUGGUUGCAGUGUGUUUCUUUUUGGGGAAGCCGACCAACCGGAGAAACGAAGCCUUGUCCAAAGACGGAAGGAGCUGGGCUGGUUCUCAAGGAGGGAAUUCAGUUCUCUUAAACCUGAUAUAGGAACUACACCUAACAAAAGAUGUGGCUUGACAGGUAUUGGUGCCAGCCCAUAUGUGAUGAACUGCAAUGUGACGAUUGACUCUCAAGACUUAUCUACAGGAAAAACAAUUGCAAAUGCGAUCAGAGGCUCCAAUGUGGAUGGACUAAAGGGUGUUCAGGCUAUGGCUUUUCCCCAUGAUGGGAAAAUAGAAAUCGCAUGUAAUGUGGAGAGUUUUGAAGACCAAAAAACUCUAGCAAACACAAAAUAUGUGACAUAUUGUAUUCUUGGUCAUCGUUAUUCUUAUAUUUCCCCUCAAGCUCUAGAAACUCACAUUCAAAAAGUGGCUCAUGAUCAGGGAAUUGGCACUAUUGGGACAGCAUUGGUUGGCUUUACACCCCAGGAGUGUAAAGACUGUGCUGAAUAUGCUCUAAGGGAAAAGAUUGGAGAAUUCUGGAAGAAACGAGAGGGCAUUUUCAUGUGAAUCCAGCAAAUGCUCUCUUUGCAUUAAUGUAAAGCACCAGCCUCUACCAAAAUCUUUUCUUUAUUCAAUAAGGAUGAAAAGAAGAUGCACAGAGAUUGUGCUGCAGCCGUGAUAGAAAAAUUGUAUCUGUUACAGUAUUGACAAAAAUGGCCUUGAUUAUUAGAAACAUGUAGCUAGUAGCUAGUGUGAUAGUCAUGAAAAAUCUUGACAGAACUACCCCCCCAUCAAUCCUUGAAGAAGAAAAAAUGUAUCAUGUAUAGAAAUAUAAUCACCAAUUGAAAUGAAUAAAGGCAAAUAUAGAUUUUA